AUGAAUUCACUUGUUCGAGUAUCAGCUGUCCUUACUAAUGGACCUUUCUUAUUGAAUCUUGAUUGUGAUCAUUACAUAAACAACAGCAAGGCCUUGAGGGAAGCCAUGAUUGGAAAAGAGUACAACAAAGGCUGGCUUUGUAUCAAGGAGUCUGUCCUAUUUACAUGCAAUUCUCUGAGGAUUCUGAAUAGACAUUCACAAAAGCCUUGUUGCAGAAGAAUGGGAUGGUUAAAGAAGGAGAAGAAGUAA